AUGACUAAUAAGAUAGGAAAUUACCAUUUUGUUUGACCACAGUGACCAGUAUGUUGCAUAGAAAGUUCCAAGAUUUAUUUUAGGUUUCACACGGAAACUCGCAUGAUAUUGCAAUAAAAAAAGCAUCUGUGGUUCUUGGAAAGUUCAGAGAGUCACACCAAAAGCAAUGUAAAAAGCAUCAAUAUGGGACUUUAAAGUUCAAAGAGUUGCUGGACACACCGAAAGCAAGCCACCUUUAAAGGAUCCUCUUGCUUGCAUUCACCCUCUUCCUAAUUUGUCUUUCACUUUCCUGAGUUAUAUUGCAAUCCCUUCAUAAUUUUCUUUCUCCUCCUUUCAGAUCUUUACAGCUGUUUGCUCAUAAAUCUUGAUGGCUCUUGUGACCUGCAAAGAAGCCUCAUCUUUUUCUUUCACCCACCAACCCAAGAAAUUUGAUGUCUUCUUGAGUUUCAGAGGUGAAGAUACCCGUCUUGGUUUUGUAGGUCAUUUGUAUAAUGCUUUGUGUCAACGGGGUAUUAACACCUUUAUUGAUAAUAACCUUCAAAGGGGAGAAAAAAUUUCUGUUGGACUUCUCAAAGUCAUUGAAAGUUCAAGGAUUUCAAUAAUUGUAUUCUCUGAAAACUAUGCAUCCUCCAAAUGGUGCUUGGAUGAACUUGCCAAGAUUGUUGAGUGUAAGGAAAAAGACCAAUUAGUGCUACCGAUUUUUUACAACAUAGAUCCAUCAGAAGUUCGUAACCAAAAAGGAAAGUUUGGAGAAGCACUAUCUAAACAUGAAGAAAAAUUAAAGGAUGACAAGGUACAGAGCUGGAGGGAAGCUUUAUUUGAAGCUGCAAAUAUAUCUGGUUGGCAUUACCAGCGUAGUUGCAGUGAGUUUGAAUUUAUCCAAGGAAUUGUUGAAGAGAUCUCAAAUUUUAAAUUAAAUCGCACACCGUUAUUUGUCGCACGAUACCCAGUUGGGAUAAAUUAUCGUGUAAAGACCAUACUUUCAGAUAUUGAGUCAAAUGAUGGUCAUAUAAUAGGUAUCUAUGGCUCUGGUGGAAUAGGUAAGACAACAAUCGCAAAAGCUAUUUUCAAUAGAAUUUGUGAUCAUUUUGAUGGAUUUUGUUAUCUGGAAAAUUUAAGAGAAAGAUUGGGGACAGAUGCUGGUGUAAUCGAACUACAAGAGACACUUCUUCUUGAGAUCUUAAGGGAUAGAAAUUUAAAGGUGGGUAGCAAAUCUAAAGGUGUCAAUAUGAUAAAGGAAAGACUUUCAUUUAUGAGGAUCCUUUUAGUUCUUGAUAAUGUUGAUGAAUGGAUCCAAAUAGAAAAUUUGCUUGGAAGAUGCAAUUGGUUUGCUUCUGGAAGCAAAAUCAUUAUAACAACAAGAGAUAAACACUUGUUAGCUACUCUUGGAAAAUGUUGUUCAACCUAUGAGGUUAAGGAAUUAGAUCAAGAUGAAGCUCUGGAACUCCUUAGUAUGCAUGCCUUCCAAAGCAACAAACCUAAAGAAGAUUAUUUGGAACUUGCAAAUAGAGUUAUACAAUAUGCCAGGGGACUCCCAUUAGCUCUAGUAAUAAUGGGUGCUGAUUUAAAUGGAAGAACUAAACCUCAGUGGAGAAGUGUAGUAGAUAAGUAUGAAAGAAUUCCUAAUAAAGAAGUUCAAAAAAUACUCGAAAUAAGUUAUGAAGGAUUGGAUGAAACUGAAAAAGAUAUUUUCCUUGAUAUUGCAUGCUUCUUUAAGGGAUUUUUUAAGGAGUAUGUCAUGGAUAUAUUGAAUGCUUGCGAUUUACAUCCAAUUUAUGGAAUUCAAAAACUUAUGGAUAAGAGUCUAAUAUCUGUUGAUCAAUAUGAUAGAUUGUUGAUGCAUGACUUGCUACAACAAAUGGGUAGGGACAUUAUUCGACGGGAAUCACCACGAAUGCCUGGAGAGCGUAGUAGGCUAUGGUGUUAUGAGGAUGUUCAUAAAGUACUAACACAAAAUACGGGAUCGGAAAAAAUUCGAAGCAUAAUGAUAUGCUCACCUGAACCAUCAAAGAUGAAAUUAGAACCUAAAUGUUUUGAGAAGAUGAAAAAUCUCAAGUUCCUCAUGGCUAGUAAUGUAGAUAUUUGUAGAGGUCUCAAAUAUUUUCCUAACGAAUUAAGGGUUCUUGAUUGGUCCGGCUUUCCUUUGUCUUCCUUACCACCUAAUUUUGAUCCUCAAAAUCUCAUUGCACUCAACAUGCCAGAAAGUCGAGUUACAUUGGACAAGCUUUUCAAGAGGAUACAAUGCAAAAACUUGACAUAUAUGAAUUUCAAUUCCAAUCAACACAUUAGGGAAUUACCCGACUUAUUGAGUGCCACCCCAAACGUAAAGAAAUUGGAUCUCCAAAAUUGUGAAAAAUUAGUCAAGAUUCAUGACUCUGUUGGAUAUCUUGAUAAGCUUGAAAGCUUGGACCUCUGGAAUUGCAAUGAACUUCAAAUUCUUCCAAGUUGUAUUGUGAUGAAAUCUCUUAAACAUUUACGUCUUUUUUAUUGCAAAAGGGUUAAGAGGUUACCUGAUAUUCCACAAGAAAUAGAAAAUUUAAAGUUUCUAAGUCUGGGACACACUGCUAUUAGAGAGCUUCCUCCAUCAAUUGGGAAUCUCACUGGGCUUGAGCGAUUAGAUAUAGGUUCCAAUUUCUAUUCGUGUCAACUUCCUAGUAGCAUUUAUAAAUUGCAACAUCUUCGCACACUCCACCUUUAUGGUAAUGUCAAAUUUCCAAAGGACGUGGGGAUUGGUAGACAAGCAGCAGCGUGCAAUUCUUACGGUGGCUUUUCAAAAUAUUGUUUUCCAAAGUUGAAUUUUCUAAAAAAGUUGACUUCUUGCUUCACCCACUCAGAGAAAUGUUUAUUACCAGGGAGUAAAGAUUUGAACCUCAGAGAAAGCAUUAUCAGAUUCAAUAGAUUAAAUUAUCUUCGAAUUCAGGAUUCCAAGUUCCUUAAGAAAAUUCCAAAGCUUCCAGAAAGUAUAAGACAAGUAAAUGCAACAAACUGCAUCUCGUUGAAUUCAGAAUCAUUAAGAAAAUUAAUCCUUCAGUUUGGAAGAAAUUUAGGGCUUUCACCAAAUAUGAAAUGUUCAGGUGUGAAACACAAAGUAUUAAUGGAUUCACAUUCACAUCGCAAUUUAUCGAAUCAGAUUGAUUGCUCUUCCCGGGUCUCCCUCUCCAAGUUCAACGCAAUUAAUGCCGAGUCCUUUCCCACUCUAGAUACGUAUCUGGUUGUUCAUGGAGAGAGAUAUGAUAUUACAGUACCAGGAAAGAAGAUUCCGAAUUGGAUCAAUCAUCAAAGCAUUGAAAGUUCCAUAUCAUUCUGGGUUGGUCCUGAGUUUCCAUCAAUUGCUGUUUGUGUUGCUAUUCAUCUAAUUCCGUUGAAGGACAGUUACGCUAAUAAUGAUAAGUACGGUUCUAUUCGUGAUGAUAUUAUCUAUUGUUAUUUCGAUAUCCACAUUUCUACUGAUAGUCGUAAGCGACGUCACAUGGUUGGGUGGCGUUUAUAUGAAUUGAAGUGUGAUCAUCUGUGGUUUCUCGGAGAACCUCACAGCCAAUUACAGAGGAGAUUCGGAGACUUGAUGCAAGGUGAUCGGAAUCGUGUUGAGAUUUCAUGUAAAAUCGAUCAUUGGGUAAGUGAAAACGGAAAAUACGCUCCUGUGAUUGCAAGGAUGGGAGUACAUGUAGAAUGCGUAUGUGCUCCUCAGAAUUCCGUUAUCAUCCAACACAAUUCUCAAAAUGUUGAUGACGGCACAGAGUUGCUCGCACCUUUACUAUCUCAAAAUGGUUCACAUACGGACUCAGACGCAGGAGACACUUCAAGCUCCUCUAGUCCCUGAAGACAUCUGAUUCAAGGCGUCCAGUGGAUAUAGCAAAUGGGCUUGACUUAUGUUUGGGUAUUGACUCAGCAGAUGGUAAUGGGUUUGAUUUGGGUUCUUCUUCAAUAGCCAAUCCCUUUAUAAAAAGAUGACUCCAUUAUCAAUCUAUAUCCACCGUCAAAGAAACCGAGUCUGAUGCGAAGAAAUAUGCCCAGAUAUCAUUACAGGGCAAGAUGGACUUCAGCUUAUGUCUCCACUCUGCACUGUGAAAUUCUCAGUUCUUUUGAACAGAUCCCCAACUUUCAUUUUCAGCAUUACAGGUUAUUCACACUUCUCUAUGGACCUAUCAUCAUCUUGUGGGGAUGUACAACUGAGCUAAGCUAUCUUAGUUGUCUGCUUAUUUGCUUUAAGACUCCCAAAUUACAAAAUGAAAAUGGGUUCAACUGACUUCGUUUUGGUGGGAGAGUACUGGGUGGUCUUCAAGGCUAUAAGUGCAUAUUUCAACAUUGAAGACCCAGAUCUGAUGAUUGAUAUGGUUACAGGGCAAGAUGGACUUCUGCUUAUGUCAACACUUUCCACUGAGAAAUUCUCAGUUCUUGUGAACAGACCCCCAACUGGCAUCUUCAGCAUGAUAGGGGUUUGACUAAAGGGGAUUGUAGGAGCAACAUGAGGCAUCUAAUUCAGAUUCCAGGUGGGAAAGGGAAUGGAGAUUCUCUAUGGACCUAUUAUCAUCUUGUGGGGAUGUACAACUGGGCUAAGCUAUCUUAGUUGUCUACUUAUUUGCUUUAAGACUCCCAAAUUACAAAAUGAAAAUGGGUUCAACUGACUUCGUUUUGGUGGGAGAGUACUGGGAAGUGUUCAAGGCUAUAAGAAAUUAUAUUUGACAAAAGGAUGCUGGAUUGCUCUUUUUAGAGUACUUUAGAGUUUGCCUAUUUUCCUUAUCUCUUCAGUGUGCUGAUCCAUGUGGCAAAUAUUGCAUAUUUCAACAUUGAAGACCCAGAUCUGAUGAUUGAUAUGGUUACAGGGCAAGAUGGACUUCUGCUUAUGUCAACACUUUACACUGAGAAAUUCUCAGUUCUUGUGAACAGACCCCCAACUGGCAUCUUCAGCAUGAUAGGGGUUUGACUAAAGGGGAUUGUAGGAGCAACAUGAGGCAUCUAAUUCAGAUUCCAGGUGGGAAAGGGAAUGGAGAUUCUCUAUGGACCUAUUAUCAUCUUGUGGGGAUGUACAACUGGGCUAAGCUAUCUUAGUUGUCUGCUUAUUUGCUUUAAGACUCCCAAAUUACAAAAUGAAAAUGGGUUCAACUGACUUCGUUUUGGUGGGAGAGUACUGGGAAGUGUUCAAGGCUAUAAGGAAUAAAGUUGGUGAUGGAUUCGUGGCCGAGGCUUAGAUUGAAAUGGUCAGACUGUUCAAUGGGAAAUUUGGUCUCACCAUCACAAAGAUACUCUGAGGCAUAGAUACAAACAUUUGAGGAUGCAAUGUAAUGAUACAAAGGUUCUUCUUGAACAGAUAGGGUUGUCUUGAGAUCAGGAGAAAUGGUGACCUCUGAGAUUAUGUCUAAGCUUCUUAUACAUAGGUACUCAAGUGCUUAUGAAACAACUCAGGCUUUGCAAUCUCAAGACCAGAGAGGCCUGUUAGAGUGUGCACACCUCCUGAUAGUUGCCAGUUGAUGAUUACCACUAAACAGUUUUGUGGUCAAAUCACAAGAAGGGGGAAAAAAAAAGACUGCUAAGAUGUUUGGCAAUCAAAAAAAUUAUAUUGGAAGAAGCCUAAAGGAUUUUCUCACCUUGUCCUCUUGAUUUCAAGUCAUAUAUUGGAAGACUAGGAGUGAUUGUGGAAGACACUUCUGACUAGCUUAAGCAGGGGGUAUAAGUGUUUUUCUGUUCAUAACAAGGGGGAAGAAAUGGGCACCCAAACGCCUGCAAGUAGCAAUCGUACAAGGACAAACUGGACACCAGCAAUGGAGUGCUAUUUUAUUGAUCUUUUGUUAGAUUAGGUGCAUAGGGGGAAUAGGAUGGGCCAUACAUUAAAAAAACAAGCUUGGACUGAUAUGCUGACCGUUCAAUGCCAUUUUGGAUCCCCAUAUGAUAAAAAGGUCUUGAAAAGUCACUACACUAAUUUGUGGACUCAAUUCAAUGAGUUGGUCAGAAUGGAUUUUCAUGGGAUGAUACUAAACAAAUGGUGGUUGCCAGUCAUCAUGUUUGGGAUGCUUACAUCAAGGCUCACCCAGAGGCACAAUUCUAUAGAAACAAAGCCUUGAUGAACUACAAUGAUUUGUGCUUGAUAUAUGCACAUACAACAGGGGAUGGAAGAUACAGCCUAUCAAGUCAUGAUAUAGACUUUGAUGAUGACAUUCAAGGAGUGAAUACUGGCACACCCAGAUGCGCACUCAUAUAAUAGGAAGGCCUUGCUAAGCUAUGGAGAUUUGAAUUGAUAUUUGGGAAUGCAAUCAGCAACGGACAUUGCAGUCAUUUAUGGCAAGGGAGAAACUUUGAAGAUGAUAUAAUACAUAUCAAGACGGGUUAGGUUCAUUUCUUGAAUGUGUAGGAGGACCUUUAUAGGGAACCUGUACUCUUGAGGACAUCCUCUUCAAUUUAUUAAUAUAGUCCUGUUUACUUAUCGAAAUAAAAAUGCUGGUUUCAUCUUUAUACAUGCAACUUGGGAUUUAUUGAUUGUCACAAUUAGGACUCUGGUUAAUAUUAGGGUGUUCAGUAGGUCUUUAACCUUCACAAAUGGAAUUUUAUCAGAUAUGUUUAAUUACAGAGAUUCGUAUACUGUAUGACAGUUUUUUUUUUCUUGAUGUAUGCGAUCCUUAAAUGGAAGUUCAAUUUAUAGGUUCUAGUUUUUUCAUUACAUGCCUGUAGGCAUGCCCAGUUCAUUAAGAUCCAUGAGAUUUUAAUUCAUUUUAAUAAUUUCUUUAAAUUUUCUCUUAGGGUUGGGACAGAUUUACUAGGCUGUGGGUAUUGUUCUGUAGUCUGUACCCAUCUUAUUGCUAACCGAUUAUGUUGUUGAAUUAUAUCAGUUACUGUUUGUCAAUGAUGGCAAGUAUAAUGUGCUUCUAGCAUAAUUUAUGUUUAAAAGUCUGAAAUGUUUUGUUGAAUGAAAAGUUAUUUAUUACCCUCAUAAAUCAGUUAGUUUUGCCUUUCUUGUAGUUGAAGAAAAGGAGGGCUGUACCUCUUCUAACAGUGAAUGUCUUUAAACAAAUUGGACAUCAACAAUGGAUCGUUACCUCAUUGAAUUGUUACCAGACCAGGUGCUUAGAGGGAAUAAAAUUGGUCAUGGAUUUGUGUCUGAGGCAUGGAUUGAAAUGGUUGGACUGUUCAAUGCAAAAUUUGGAUGUCACAUGACAAAGAUGGUCUGAGGAAAAGAUACAAACAUUUGAGGGGACAAUAUAAUGAUAUAAAGGUUCUUCUUGACCGGGGCAGGUUUUCUUGUGAUGAAACAGGAGAAAUGGUAACUGCUGAGGAUCAUGUCUGGGAUUCUUAUACCAAUGUGAAUUGCCAUUUACUCUUUCUUGUAUCCUUUAGAUAUUUGUAGUUUUUUUAUGUGGCUUAUGUAUAAAAAAUGCAAGUGCAUCCUGAUGUUCAGUCAUAUAGAAAUAAAUAUGUUCCCAGCUGUCACAAAUUAUGUGUUUUAUAUGGUGAAGAAAUUUGUAAUGGAAGAUACAGCAUUUCGACGUGCAAUGCAGAUCUUGACAGUGAAGAACCAGAUUUGAGGAUUCGAAGGUUUCUUGUUUCAGCUACAAGAACUUCCCAAAUAAUUUAAGGAAGUUAUUAUCUGCUUAUUUAUUGUCUUAUUUUCUUUGUUGUGUUCUCAACCUACUGUUUGAUUGUUGAAUGCCAGAGUAUGUCUCCCUGUUUUGCAGUGUU